AUGGCUCCGCCGGCGAUCAAAACCGUCUGCAAGCGCACUGUGGUGAGCACGAAGCCGGUGCAGCCCGGAAAAUUCUACGAGCCGCCGGCGCUCGGGCGCGUGAUGGAGGGGAGCCACUUCCGGAUGGUCUACUAUUACAGUGCUCCGAAGGACGGGGAAGUCGGGGAAAGGACGAAGAGGCUGAGAGAAUCUAUCUCGGAGAUGCUGUCGAGCUAUCCGGUUGUGACCGGGAGGUUGGUGAAGAACGAUGAGGGACGGUGGAGGGUGAAGUGUAACGACGCCGGAGUGAGGUUGGUGGAGGCGACGGCCGAGGGCGGGGUUGAGGAGUGGCUCCGGCGGAGGGGCCGCGCGGAGGAGAUGAAGCUCGUUCACUGGGAAGAUAUGUUUCACAAACCCUACUUCUGGUCCACCUUUUAUGUUCAGCUGACAGAAUUUGAAGAAGGUGGUCUAGCAAUUGGGCUGAGCUGCACCCAUCUCCUAGCUGAUCCAAUUUCUGCCACCAUAUUCAUCAAGGCAUGGGCCGACGUAACCCACGGCGGCAAAAUCCUCUCUCCGCCGCUCUUCCACCCACUGCAGCCACGAAUUGCGGCCAACACCACCACCCACAAGGCCCAUUCAGACUUAAUCAAUCACUACAAAUCAUAUGCACAGAAUAAGCCAGCAGCCCCCUCCAUAGCAGCAACAAGACAUGAAACCCUAACCCUGGGUUUUACGGACGAAAUGGUGCACUCCUGCAUGGCCAUGGCAGCCGGGGCCCGGGCUGGCGAGAACCCGACCCCUUUCGAGGCGCUGGCAGCGCUGUUCUGGGUAUGCAUCAGCAAGGCCAAAGGAGAAGCAAACGGCCUCAUACCCAUGUCCAUAUGCAUGGAUAUGAGAAAAACCCUACAUUUGGAAAAGGGCUUCUUUGGGAACUGCAUGGCGUACAGUAAGGUCAACGGGGCGGGUUUAGACGAAAAAGGGUUGGAAAAACCUGCCAUGGCUGUGAGAGAAGAGGUGAAGAAGAUGGGUAACAAAGAGGAGGCUAUGGAUCUGGUUGAGUGGCUGGAACUAGGGAUCGCUGACUAUGAUGAUCAUCAGAUGAAUGGCUGUGAUUUGAUCUGUGCUGACUUUGAAGAUGUGGAGCCAUAUUCAGCAGUGUUCGAAGAGGGUCUCAAUCAAGUUCAUGUUUCUUGUUACACUGAGCCUGUGACUGGGCUGGGGCAGGUUUUGAUCCUUCCAUCGCCACAGGGUAAGUUUAGCAGGGUAGCCAUGGUUACACUUGCAGAAGACGAAGCUGCCAAGCUGUGUGAAGAUGAGCUUCUGCUUCACUUUAACCCUACUGUUUCAAUGGGAGCUAGCAAAUACUGA